UUUCUUGAUAAUAAAUGUUAAUUAAAAAAUAAUGCACUGCCAAUUACUGUGGGAACUACAUGGAUACUUAAUUUGGAUAUAAUGGACAAUACAAUCAAUCAAUUGCUGGCUGCUGUUAAUGUAUCUUUUCUGUUAAUAAUUUUGGAUGGUUGUUAUUUUUAUACAUUCUUUGAUUAUUGAAUAAUCCACAACGUGAGAAAAAAACAAAACAUUUUUUCAAAAUAGGGUGUUAUUAUUUUUUGAUGUCAUUUUAAAUAUUGAAAAUUGCAUUUUGCUACCGGUAUGACAGAAUUUUUUUGACUUUCUUUCUCCAGUUCUCAGUGUCUCAUGAGUUUCAGAGAUGAAUUUUGGCGUUUGCUUAUAAUGUUUACGUAGUCUAUACCGAUACCAGAUUUUCAAAUGACAGAAUGAAGCCUACUACAGUGUUCCCCGAAAAUAAAACCUAGCCUGAAUUUUAAAAUUAUUUUAAUAUAAGCCCACCUCUUUUAAAUAAGGCCUAACUUAUUCAAUAACGCGAACACGUUUGAAUUGAUGAUGAUCUAUGUUCUGCUGUCAUUUUGAAUAAAAACGUGUUAUUUAUAAGUAGAUAGAUAUCUUUUUUUCAUAUUUGAAAAUCUCGUAAUUCUCUACUUUGUAAUUUUGUUUUUGGUAAAUGAAAAUAAAAGCAAUCCCCCGAAAAUAAGCCCUAGAGUUAUUUUGCAGAAGAAAAUUGAAAUGUGACCCUGUUUUAAUUUCGGGGAAACACAGUAUGUCGUCUGUUUUGUGUUUUACAUAUGGCAAUGUCUGAAUUUUCUGAUGUAAUUUUAGAGAUUAUUUUGUAUAAAAACAGAUAAUCAUUUUGUGAAUGAUGAAAUACUUUUUGUUAAUAUGAUAUUCACAUGAUUAUGAAAUAACUUUAAUACUCGGCUUAGUCUACAGCUACUGCCUGACUGAUGUACUGCAGUAGCCCAACUAGCCUGUAUCUCUAUACAGGGCAUCGCUGUUUUAUAAUUUGAACUCCAUAAUUUUAAAAUAUUUCCGAAUUUUUUAUGCUCGAAACAUAAUGCUAUAUCAGUUUAGCUGUUUUUUUAUCGAAAAUGGAAAGUGAACAUGUGUUCAUGAUACCUUUUCGCACUGUCAGAAUUGGAACAUUGAAAACAUUUCCUCCAAGAGAUCGUCGAAAUAUUCCACUUCAGUUUUCAAAAGAAACAAUAUCUUUCAGUGCUGUAUUGGAACAAAAAGGAUAUAAUAAGAAUGCAAUACAGUUCAAUAUCCCUUCAAGAGGAAUUGUACUCAUUGAAGCACAUCUCAAAGUUGGAUGUCCCGUUAUUUGGAUUACUUUUGAUUCUGAUACUGCAGAAAGGAUAAGAAGAAUUACAAAUAUGCAUUUAGAAACAGAGCCGGCAUCGUAUCUCGAUCCGGACUCAAAUGAACUUGCCGAAAAAAGAUUAUGUAUUAUUCCUAUUCAUGAUCCUGUCAAAGAAUCCCAAGUUGAAAUUUUUUAUAAAGUUGUGCGAAGCAUUGCUGAUGAAAGAAAUCUGGAUUUUACUAAAAUUUUCCAUGAAUUAUUGAGAUCGGAUUGUAAUAGACAAUUAAUUCGUUGUACCCAAUACAUAACACAACUCACUAAGUUUCAAAACUCUUUCCGAACGAAGAAGGAUAUUGAAACAGAAACGAAAAGUGCUGUUAUUGUCACAAAAACCGUUUCAGAAAAUAAAAAUGAAGAUGAACAUGAUUUUAUCAUUAUUGCAUCAGAUGAAGAAGAAGAUUCAAAUAUGGAUUCACUGUCGACAAAAUUAGAAAAAAAGAACAAAAAAAUAGGAUCCAAGGAUGUAAAUAAUACAAAACAUCGUCGCCAAGCUGACUAUCCCUCCGGGAUAUCCUCCCAUAGAUCGCAUUCAUAUAAAUUCCAAAAAAAGGAGUAUGUUGCACCCAAACGUAAAUCAUCUCCUGAUUUAGUUGAUUUUGAUAAAAAUUAUAUUCCAGAAUCCCACAGAUUUAAACAUCAAAAAUUUGAAACUUGACUAUUUUUUACCUUGGAAAUUGAAAUAUAUUGAAAAUAUAUUAUAAAAUAUUGAUAUAUAAAUAAGUGGAAAAAUGCGUAAGAACAGGUUUUUUUAGGACAAAAACAUUUUAACUUUAUCUGGACUGAUUUCAUAUAUGUUACAAGCUAUAAAUCCAAUAGAUUUCUUACUCUUUAUUUAUAGGUCUUCAGACUCUCCCUACUUAUCUGAACUGAUGUGCUUUCAAAAUCAAAUGAUUGUCUUUUUAUAUAGAUUUUUCUUGUGAGAAUCCUCAUUCAGUGGAUGACUGAUCUUUGAUAUUUCAUAUUUAAUAAUGAAAGCUUGUUUUGUUUUUGAAUUUUUUUCCUUUGUAUUACCUGGUCACAUUAUGCUCGAAUCUUAUUUGCCGAAUUCAGACUUCAUAUGAUUUACCAUGAUCACGAUAUCACAAUUCAUAUUUCCAGUACUUUUUCUUUUUGUAUAUUUAUUUUAAUCAUUGAAAGCAAUAUCAUGAUGUAUAGUGCAAGUUUUUCCUAUAAACACUCAAUAUUCCUAUCUACCAGUGGUUAUUAUUUGCCUUUUUAUUCUAUACAGCCAUGCUUAUCAUGUUUUUUUUCUCGUGUCUGUGCCUGUUACUUUGCCUAUAUGAAACUACUCAUCAUAAUAGUAUUAUAUCAUAGCAUUUUUUUGUUAAAUUUCAUUUUUUUUUACAAUCUUAUUUGUUUUAUUCUCUAGGUUUAUAUUUAUAAUAAUAGGAAAUGAAAAAUUUUGUUAUACCGUUUCAUCUUCAAGACUUACAAAAUUCAACGCCGUCUGCGACACAAUAUGUCGUUGAAGAAGUUUUCUCCAGUCGUAUGCUGCCGAUAAAACUACAAAAUGCAAAAAUUGCUUUUGCAAGAGAUGGAGGACUUGCAGUACUGGAAAACUUUGACGUGAUCUACAGCGUCGUUUCGAAAUUUAAUGAAAUAGACCCAGUUGUGAGACAACAGACAUGGGAAAUGUUACUCAAAACUUGCAAGUCUUACAGCAACUUCUUGGGGAAUAUUCUCUCUAGUGGAUCCUCAGGAGAUAACCUUGCAUCACCAACUCUUGACCUUGACGCUCGAUUAAAUUACAAGAAUGCAUUGAAAAUGUUGAUUUAUCUGAUGGUACAAAUGACAGAAUUAUUUCAAGCUAAAUAUAAUCAAUCAACAGAGGCCUCAGCUUCUGUAAAUGCUGGCAAAAAGCGUGGAAAAGGAUCUAAAAAUAAGACAAGUACCAGUCAAGAGAUUCAGUGGACAAAUGAAUGUGAAAAAUUGGUCCGACUUCUGAUGACGUUUGUUGAUCUUGAUAUUCAUAGAUUAUGGGAUCCUGAACUUGUUGAAGAUGAUUUUAUAAAUUUGAUCUGUAAUAUUUGCUAUAAAAUACUGGAAAGCCAAGAGUUGUUUAAAACUGGAGAUGUAAAAGUUCCCAUAUUCCAUGUCCUUGGAUGCCUCAUCAAAAAAUUUGAUCAAUCAAUGAGUGCAAGUUUAAAGUUGGUUCAACUUCUACAACAUUUUCCACAUCUAUCGUCACCUCUAGCUGAAGCAGUUUCUUUAUGGCAAAAUACUUUCAAAUGCAAGACUAUUGUCUCAGGAGUUCUAAGAGAGAUCAGUCAUAUACCAGACCAAGAAUUUCUUCGAGAUACAGACAGUACGAGAAACAUCGGCACAUUCCUUGUAGACUUAACUAAAGGCAGUCCUUCCGCUGUGCUUGCUAAUUUCAGCUUGAUGCUUGAUCGCAUGAAUGAAGAGUCAUAUGCCAUGAGAAACACAGUACUGGGUAUGAUGGGGGAAAUAGUUUUGAGAAAUUUAACUGGAGAAGAAUUGGAUGAGAAAGCCAAGUCCGUCAGGGAUCAAUUUCUAGACUACAUGUAUGAUCAUGCUAACCUGGAUCCAAAUGCUUUCACAAGAUCAAAAUCUUUACAAAUUUGGAUAAGUCUCGUUAAAGAACAAGCAUUACCUAUCAAGAGGUAUCCUGAUCUUGUUGAGUUGUGCUCAAGCUUGCUUCUUGACAAAAGUAAUUUAGUUCGAAGAUUCACAACUCAAUUGUUGGAAACCAUUUUGAGAUUUAAUCCCUUUGCAUCUGAGCUUCCAAUUGAUGUGCUACAAGCUGGAUACAAUGAUGCAAAACUUAAAUUAGAACAAUUAAUAAAAGAAGAAGAAUCGGCAGGAAAAGAGAAAUCUGAUGACGCUCAAACAAGCCAAGAUGAUGAAACUGAGAAGAAUGAUGAGGAGGAUUCUGAGAAAACCGACACAAUUGAUGUGUUUGUUGAUGAAGUACCUGAAUCUAACAAUUCUCAAGAAGAAAAUAAAACCGAAAAUCCUGAAAUUACAAAACAAAAGGAAAUCGUCAACUACCUCUCAAAUUCUGUGAGGUUCGCUUGUCAGUUUCACACUUGUAUUCCUGUGCUUUGUGAGUUAUUGAGGUCAAGAGUUCAUUCUGAUAUUAUCGAAACAAUCAGUUUCUUCACGGCAGCUUGCCAAUUCAAACUCAGUUCAGCAUUCAUAGGAGUAACUGCAAUGUUACAGCAAAUCUGGCAUGAGGAACCAAAAAUUCGCGAAGCCGUUGUUUCUGCAUACAAACAAUUGUACUUUACUCCAGAAGCAACUACUGCAAGAGCUCGAGCAAGUCUUAUAACGGACAGUCUGAUGACCUUGAUGUCGGUGUCAACCGAAGGUAAAAUCAAAUCAAUCGAAGCAUUACUCAAUCAUCUGAGUAAGAGCGGAGAUAUACCAGAUGGAGUAGCACAGAUUCUUUGGGAUCGAUUCACUAAACCAGAAUUGAACAAUAGUUCAUCUGUCAAUAUUCUGGGUUCAUACGAACAACAAAAACUUGCUGUUCAAUUGCUCGGAUUUUUGGCCGGAACGAAUCCAUCAAUCGUAAAGAAUAACAUUGAUGUUCUUGUUACUCAUGGAUUGAAGAAAGUUUUAUCAGAUUUUCCUGAAGAUAUUUCUCAUACAAUUGAUUAUUCUCUCGCUCUGUAUACAACGAGGACUCUUGCACAACUUCGUACAAAACAAGCUCUUGCAGGAAAAUAUAAAAAGUCGAUGAGGUUGCCACAAUCUCAUGAUAUCUUCACAUGCUUGCAACAAAUGAUUGUGAAAGGAUAUAAGUUUCAUUCGGACAACUGGGAACAUUUUACUUCAGAAACAAUAGCUUUGAUCUAUGAUUUAUCAGAAAAUCCAGAUAAGUUAUGCGAGACGAUCAUACAUGAAGUUCUGAGUAUUAUUUCUGACAAUGCAAAUUGUGAUGAAAUAUUGAAGAAAGAAAUGUUGAUGACCAGAUUCUACUUGAUCUGUGGACAAAUCACAAUUAAGCAACUUGUGUAUUUGGAGGUUUCUGUUCAAUCUGAAUUGAAGCAAAGAAGAAAACUGAAAGACGAGAAAGAACACGCAGAGAAAAAGAAGAAAGAAAAUCAAGAAAAGAAGAAAAAUAAAAGGAAAAGUUUAGGAGAUGCUAAAUCGGAGUCAAACUUAGAGGAAGACAUGGGUGUUGGUGGUGCCACGGCAGAUGACGUCGAGCAAGAAUUUAUCAGAAAUAUAACAGAAAAUGAAUUACUCGCCAAAGAUAAUUUACUCGGACUUCUUGCACCAACACUCGUCCGUGCUUGUCUUGCUCCGAUUCAUGCAGAUCAACAAGGAGAAGUAGCAAUUCAAGCUACGGCUUCUCUUGCUUUAGCCAAAUACAUGCAAGUCAGCUCAAAAUUUUGCGAAGAUCAUCUCCAGCUUCUGUUUACAUUGCUUGAAAAAAGUCCCCAUGAAGUUGUCAGAGCUAAUCUGGUUAUACCAAUAGGAGAUUUAUGUGUGAGGUUUCCAAAUCUUCUAGAACCAUGGACUGCGCAUUUGUAUGCCAGACUUAAAGAUGAAUCACCACUUGUACGAAUCUACGCUGUGAAAGUUCUCUCCAAUUUGAUCUUGAAUGACAUGGUGAAAGUGAAAGGACAUGUUAGUGAGAUGGCAAGAUGUACUGUUGAUGAAAAUGAAAGAAUUUCGUCGCUUGUUAAAAAAUUCUUCCAUGAACUUUCAACCAAGGGGAAUUCUAUAUACAACGUAAUGCCGGAUAUAAUCAGUCGAUUAUCAGAUCCAGAUGUCGGUGUACCGGAUGAUGAACAUUUCCAAACUAUCAUGAAAUUUCUAUUUUCCUUUAUUCAUAAAGACAAACAGUCUGAAAGUUUGGUUGAGAAGUUAUGUCAUAGAUUCAGUGCAACAAGGACUCGAAGACAGUGGCAAGAUCUUGCAUUCUGUUUGUCUUUGUUGUCGUAUUCUGAAAAAUCCAUUCGAAAAUUACAAGAAAAUUUCACUUGUUUUGCCGAUAAAUUAUUUGACGAACAAGUCUAUCAAUGUUUUGCAGGAAUUAUAAACAAGUCGAAAAAAAUCGCAAAACCGGAAGUAAAGGUUCAAGUAGAUGAGUUAGAGGUGUUAAUUGAUGAAUGUCACCAAAAAGGAGUUAGCGACGAUCAAACAGCUGCUAAAGCGGCAGCAGUUGUCAAGAAAUCAAGGAGGAUUUCAAGCAUACGAUCGCCAAGAAACGUUAUUGCAUGGCCCGCAAAAUCACCAUUGCCGAAAGAGGGGUUUCCUGGUGUUGCAGGCCAUACUUCAGGAAUGAAAGAUCUUCUCGAUUUAACAUCGUUACAAGAAGUAAUUCGAGCAAAAUAUUCGAACUUUGUACCUCCGUCACCUGGUAUCUCAUCAACCGCAUCUAGCCAGUUCACACCUUCAUCACCACGGAAACGUACAAUGUCAACGGAUUCCAAUUCUUCUUUAACCAUUAAGUGCAAAAGAACUGAAUUUUUUGGCUACACACCAUCGUGUCAAAUUCAGGAUAUACCAGGCCAUAUCUGUUGCACCUGUCAUGCUGAAGGAUUCUGUUGCAAGUCAAGAUGGAUUAGAAUUUGAUAUCGACAAAACAAUAAAGCAUUCUUACUUUUCUGCAUUUUCUUCAGCAAAAUUUGAUUUUCAGUUCGUUUUAUCAAAAAACACUCUUUUGAACUAUGCAUUAAUGUACAUGGUCUGUAAUUAACAACACUGCUGAGUUUGUAUCAAAAUUAGGAAAUAUCAGAUUUGGGUCAUGUUGUCCAAAUUUGGCACAUCAUAUAAUAUUGUAUUCAAAAUCGGAAUUUUUUGUUAUCAUUCGAUUCUAGAAUAUAUAUCUAUUUCGAUUUGUGCAUUCUAGUUGGUACUGGAGAAGAACGUGCUACACCCUAGUGAUUGAUAUUACUUGGCACUACCAUUUUAGGAAUAAUGGUGCAGGUUGCCCUUAUCAUUUUCUCAAUUUUUUAUUCGUUUUCACUUCGUUUAUCAAUAACAAGCGUGUAUUUCUUGCCAAUCGUUGGCUACAAAUAUUCAGAAAACAUUGAAUAACAAUUUUAAAACAAGGUUUUACAUAAAUACAUGUUUUUAAAGAUUUUGGAUCUGGAAAUUUAUUUGUGUUAUUUCUCAUAAAAUUUCUUUGUUGUUGCCAUUGUUGGUUUCAUGUAUAUCAUACAAGGUUAAGAGUAUAAUAUAAUGUUAAUUGUAGUUUUCAAUUGUACUUCUGAAAAAAUUUAGCAAAAAUAAUAUCGAAUCUGAUAGCCACUCCUUUCGAAAAGGUGGUUCUGAUGUGUGAAUGAUUAAAACAGGGAUUCUCAGCAGUUCAGAACAAAUCAAGUACCUUGUGUAGAAAGCCCAUGCCACUAAUGCGAAAAUAUCAGAUUUGAGAAAAAUACCCCGCCAGCAUAUUUUGAGUGCUGCAGAUUGCGCUCGCCACGUUUCAAGUAAUCAAAAUAAAGAAUUGGUGAUUAUCCGAUCAGGAAUGAUUUGAAAAUUGGAAUUUUCAGCCCUAACUAGAUAUUUACUAAUUUUUUAUUUUGAGCGGUGGCAGAGGCGUCUACGAAAGAUCCCAAAUCAAUACGAAAUUAUAUUCAAAUUUUGAAAUUUGUGGUUUUAGGAAUAAUUCAUGAUCAAAAUGGUGACGACCAAAAAAUACCUUUCAAUCAUUUUAUUGAAACUCUAAAAAGACAGAGACAAUAAAAUCACAGUUUGUUCCAACCCUUCUGUAUUUCUCAGUUGAAAACUCUUUGAUUGAAUAUACUGACUUCUACUUGUUUAUGUUGAACAUCAUCCAAUUUAAAUAUAAUCCAUGUUUGAAGGUAUUAUUUUAGACUGUAUUCAGAAUAUUAGAAUACGCGUUUAUAUUACCAGAUGUGUCUUACUGACAUCAUGCUGUGUUAAUUUGUAUUUAAUGAAGAUAAACUGCUUGGUUUAAUUGUCACUGGAUAUUUUAAAAAUAUCACCAAUCUUGUACCUGUGAGCACACCAUAAGUGGAAUGUAGUCUCACAAGUUUCCCAAUUAUUUAAUCAUUGUAAAAUCAACACUUUCCAAAUGGUGAUCUAUUGUAAUUUGUCUGAUUUGAUGAAUUGUUGAGCUCUAAAGCAGAGGAUCCCAAAUUUCACAAACCCCCAAUCAGUGCUGGUAUUCAAGUGGUUCACUUGAAUCCCUUUUUGGAAUGUCAUGCUAUUCAGCGAACAGAAUCUUGAUUUUUGGAGGUAUCUAUAACUUUAGUAUGGUGUCCUGGUUAGCGAGUCCAAUAGCUCCCAACCAUAUGGUUUAUGUAAUUCAAAUAAUAAUGCAUUGAAAAAUAAAUUAAAAUUAAAUUACAGCAGUAAAAAGUUCUAUACUACGUGUAAUAAUCAAUGCGAACUUAUUUUGUGAGCAAUUAUCAUUUUAUGGCUGAGUGUCUGACAUCACCAUUCAUACUUCUCUCAAUGUCAAUUUCAUAAUAUUUUUUGACGAUAGGAAGUAGUUUUUGGGAAAUGGAUUAAUAUAUGUAUGGAAAAUAUUGAUGACUGAAAAUGGUACAACUUUGGCCCUCAUUGAAUCUUUUCUAAAUACAUAUUGGAUACUGUGCUUAUUGUUGUUCUGAUUUUUACUUAUUUCUUUCUGUUUGUACAAUUUUGCUGUUGCUGUUUUCUUUCAAUUUCUUACGAUAUUCUAUUCUCAGAUCACUUUGAAUUUCAAUAAACAUUGUGAAAAAUAUACAUUGUAGAUGUCUGCUGUGUUAUGAUGGAUGCUGCCCAGACUAACUUCUUCAUCAGGGCAACUUAGAUAUAGAAAUAUUUUUGCAUUGGCUAGCAUACUUCAAUGGUGAAUUAUAGUCAUAAAUUCAACUGAAAAUGAAUUUCAAAAGCAAUGGUAUAGAGAUUUUCAUACAAGCGGAACAAAAGAAACGACUUUCGACCAAUUACAUGAUCAAGCUCUCUCAUAAAAUAGAAAAAAUCCUAUUCAAUUACUUCAUAUUGCCAACUUUUGUUUGAACAUGACCAAAUAAUAUGCCUCAAAUACAUAAUUUCCUGUUUUCUCAUAUCCAAUCACGUUUACCCUUUCUUACUAGUCUUAUUUCU